AUGCCUCCCAGAAAGAAGGGAAGAAAGAACACGGCCCUCACCACGGCGAAGACUACUGCUUCUGGUGGUGCCCCCAGUGUCAGUGCAGCUCCUGCAGAAGCACCACCGCCGGUCCUCGCACCAGCACCUGCUCGUCGGAACUUGCGGGGGCGACGGGGUGGCCUGGAGAAUAUGCCCAACAUGCCCCUGGAUAUCUUGGUAGAGAUAUUCGCCUAUAUGCACCCGCGGGACCUGCUCAACCUGGCGCGCACGUCCAAGAGCUUUCGCGCGUUCCUGAUGAGCCGUGACUCCGCGCCGUUCUGGAAGGCCGCGCGCAGGCAGGUCGAAAGUCUGCCGGACUGCCCGCCCUUCCUGAGCGAACCACAGUAUGCAAACCUGCUGUUCUUCCCCUACUGUCAUAUAUGCCUGAAGCCGAAUGUCAAGACCGUAAUAUGGGAAGUCUGCGCUCGCUUCUGUUUCCCUGGGUGCAGAGAAACGGUGUUUCAAGGAGAGCAAGCGGUAGACGACGCGAAGGAUUUCGUGCAGCUCGUACAGGAGGAAACCGACGUGUCCGAGUUCAAGGUCACCAUUGUUGCUAUGCGGCGGAUGAAGAACUCAUUCUCCGAGACGGACCAUGUCUACCUUCCUGAGAUACAGAAACUCGAGGCGACGUGGGAGGCUCUCACAGAUGAUGCGGCGAGGAUUCACUUCGCCCUGGAGCAUGUUGCCGCGCACAAGCUGAGGAUUUCGGUGAUGGACGCCGUGAGGGAUUGGAAAGCCGCAGAAUUGAGCAACCGGUCCAAAGAACUGGACAUCAUCAGGGAAGCUCGGUUUGAGAGCAUUAAAGUCCGGCUGCGACAAGAAGGCUGGGAAGAUGAACUGAAUCGCAUGGCCAACUCAGGCUCCAUGCACGAGCUAAAGCACCACAAAGCCGUACGCAAGCCCCAUAAACUCACUGACGCCGUUUGGCAGUCAAUUCGACAGGAUGUCAUAGCCCAGAUGGAAAGCGUGCGGGAAGCGCGUCUCGAGAAAGAAUGGCUCGAGAGCUAUUUCAAACGGCUUGGCUAUCUCAACGACGUCGUCUCUGCCCACGAGGCCUCCCUUGGGAUCCGUACGGCGAUGACGGAGAUUCAGGCGUGCUUCCUAGACCUGGCGCAACGAUCUCCAUUCAAAGAGCUUAUCGACGCACCUUCAAGCAAGAAGAUCACCAAGAAAGAUUUCAAACAGCUGCGGGAUAUGAUCCCGGCCCUCAAGGCCGCAUGGUUCGCCGAGCGCGAGCAAGAGUUUCUGCAAAAGGCGCAGCAGGUGAUUCCUAUCGGCAGUGACGUCUCCCUCCUCAUGCUGGCCAUCCUCACGUUCGAAUGUCGCAUGUGUCAUCGUGAGGAUCUCAGAUGGCCCAAUAUUCUCGCGCACUCGUGCGCUAGGACUACGGCUAUGCACUUCAAUGGGAGGGAGCCAUGGAGCAAGGCGAUCGUCCGUUUUUGCACUUGGAAUAGGCAUCGGCCCCCGUGGCAAGCCGCGGAAGACCUGUUCUCUGCCAGCGUUUGGCAUGUGGAGGUAGCACGCUCUGUUAUUACUGCAUGCGAGUUAUUCCCGGACGUGGCCACGCACGGGGAAAUGGACCGAUUCGAGGCGCGACUUGUCUGUAUGGAUUGUCCGCCGGAUCCCGAGCUUCUCUGCAAGCACACCUUCACUUGGAGGGGGGCGGUCGCGCACAAACGACCUCCCGACAUCAAUCUAGGGAACUCGCCGCGAUGCGAAGGAUCCUCGGGAGAGAGCAAGUGGAAGCUGCUCGACACUGCGCUCAUGCUCCGUGUCUGGGACGUUGAAUUUAACCAACCGGACCCGCCCGACGUUGAGCCUGAGUUGGGAAAUACGAGGUUCUGCUGCGCUCAUUGCGAGUUCUAUUGCUGCGACGGCAUAGUCCAACACUGUCGGAGCAAGCACAAGAUCCCUGUUGCGGAAUUCGAGAAGGACUACUACGUCCACCCCGACUCAUGGUAUCCCGAGCCGAGCGUUACCCUGUUUCCUGAGAACCUCGAACAUAGAGCUUCUCACGCCGCUACUGCUGUGGAGGACGGGCAGGGUCUCUACGCGCCGGCGUCCGUGUUUGAACCGGAUGGCUCUUCACUAUCUCACAUCCUAGAACCUGGUCAUCUGUCCAGCACUGGCAGCACAACAUUCCCGGCGGACCGCCCACCUCCUCGUCGCAACCUCCGCGGACGGCGCGGCGGCUUGAAGGAUAUGCCCAAUAUGCCUCUGGAUAUCUUGAUAGAGAUAUUCACCUGCAUGCAUCCGCGCGACCUGCUCAACCUAGCGCGCACGUCCAAGACAUUUCGCGCGUUUUUGACGAGCCGUAACUCCGCGCCCUUUUGGAAGGCAGCGCGCGAGCAAGUCGAGGGGCUACCGAGCUGUCCACCAUUCCUGAGCGAACCGCAGUAUGCAAACCUGCUCUUCUUCCCGUACUGUCAUAGCUGCUUGAAGCCGAACGUCAAGACCAUCAUAUGGGAGGUUUAUGCGCGGUACUGUCCAGGAUGCAGGGACAAGCUGUUUCAGAAAAGAGCAUAUGACGCGACGGACUUCAACCACCUCGUGCGAGCGGAGACGGAAGUGCGCAACUUCGCAGUCAGCACGGCUCUUAUUCCACGCUCCAAGAAUUCUUACCACGAUACACCGUUUGUGUACCUUCCUCACUUCGAAGAAGCUUUGGCGAAGUGGAAGACUCUCAAAAACAAAGCGGAGAAGGUUCAGUUCGCCCAGGGGCGCGUGGCCGCGCGCAACCAGAGGAGCCUGCCGAUUCAAGCUCUGAAAGCCUGGCAGGCGACAGAAUCGAACAACAGGACUGAAGAACUAGAGAACAUCAGGAAGGCUCGAUAUGAAAGCAUUGUAGCCCGGUUACGACAAGAAGGCUGGGCAGAUGAGCUCGACCGGAUGACCACUUACUCCCUGUAUCAGCUCAAAGAAAACAAAGCUGUACGCAAGUCCCAGAAGCUCUCUAACACCACUUGGCAGUCCAUCCGACAGGAAGUCAUAUCUCACAUGGAAGGGGUGCGAGCGGCACGCCUCGACAAGGAACGAUUCGGGGAAUUUAGCAAGCGACUCGUCUAUCUUGGUCACGUUGCUGCCGCCUAUGAGGCUUCGCUCGGGCGCCGGACAUCGACAACGGAGUUCCAGGCCUCCUUUCUAGAUCUGGCGAAGCUACCUCCGUUCCAAGAGCUGGUCGACGCACCCUCAAGCCCCGAGAUCACCCAGGCCGAUUUCGAACGACUGCAGGAUACGAUCCCGGCCGUCAAGGCUGCGUGGUUCACAGAGCGCGAACAGGAGUUUUUGAAGAAAGCUCUGGAGGUUCUUCCUCAUGGGGAAGGCGCCCCUCAACCGAAUCUAUCACUGGCCAUCCUCACGUUCAAGUGUGACAACUGUCACCGUGGGGAUCUCAAGUGGCCUAACAUCCUCGCACACUCGUGUGCUAGGAGUGUGGGAUACCGGCAAGAUUCAUGGGGCCAGGCAACGGUGGAGCUCUGCAUAUGGCAGGGAAAGCGACCGCCGUGGACAGCGACGGACGACAUGUUCUCUGCGAACGUCCAUGUAGAGGUAGCGCGCUCCGUUGUUGCUGCGUGUGGGUUUGAUCCAGACGUGACGACACACGAGGAGAUGGACAAAAGCGAAGCCAGACUAGUAUGUAUGGCUUGUCCGCCAAAUACCGAGGUUAUCAGCAAGGAGACCUUCGAUUGGAGGGGGGCGGUCGCACAUGGCCGGCCCUCCGGAGGCAUGUUUGGGACUGUACGCCAGUGCAGAGGAGUCCCAGGGCAGAGCACGUGGAAGCUACUCGACGCGGCACUUACAGCCCGGGUCCAAAAGGUUGAGUGCAACGACCAGACUCUGCUCUCCCUCGGGCCGUUGUUUGAUGAGGAGAAGCUCUGUUGCGCUCAUUGCGAGUUCCACUGCCACGACAGCGCCGCCAUGGCUGAACACUGCGAGAGUCGCCACAACAUCAAUGGCCCGCAACCCGAGCUGGAUUACUACGAACACCCCGACUCGAGGCCUCCUGAGCGAAGCAUCACCCUCUAUCCCGAGAACCUAAAGCGCGGCGCGUCCCGCGCGGCUACUGCUGUGGAGUACGGGUAUGGUCUCUAUGCGCCGUCCGUAUUCGAAUGACGAACCUACGCCGUCUUGGGCUUCUCUUUACUACACUAUUAAUCAUUACGACUUCCUUGAUAUAUGUAGCACAAGU